UCUUGUCCUGCCUCACCUGUUUGCACUGUUCGCACUGGUCGUCGUGUUCCUCGUCCGCGUCCUCCUCCUGUACCCGGCACUCACAUUAUUGCACUUCGUCCUUCCUCUGUUCCACUGCGAGAUCCCCUGCCGCCUCCUCCUGCGUCCUUUUUUCCGCACGUUCCUGACCCUGUGUCUGACUUAG